GCGCGAGGCACGGUGUGGAGAGUUCGCUCCAUGGGCAGCGGGCCGGGAGUGCGCUGGGCCCGCGGCCGCCCGGCUGCUGCCUGCGCUCGGCCGCCGCUCUCCGGGUUUCAUCUUUUCCCUGCCAAAUGGACAGUAAGCAACGCUGAGUGUUAACUGCAAGAGCUCCACAAGCACAGCGGCUGCUGGGAUGUUGCGGCAGAACGGUGGAACUAACAAGCGUGGUUUGGGAUUAGCCCGACUCUCUACCUCCAACUUCUUCACCAUCUCUAAUUCAGGAAAUUGGGCAAUGGGGCGCAGCACCAAGAGCAGCUCUCUGAGCAGCAUUAGCUCCAACUCUGAGUGCUAUGAUAAUCCUGCUGUGGAUCCAGAAUACAUCAUGCAACUGGUGAAUGACGUCAGAAAAUUUGCAGAUGUGCUACUCUAUUUGAAGGAAGCCAUUCUUUCAGAAGAAAAUCAAGAUGGCCUGCAUCAAGUAGUACAUGAACGCCUGGGAGAGCUGCUUCGUGUUUUAAAAGCAGUGAUAAAUAAACAUCAGACUCUGAAUUCAGUUGGUAUUCUUAGUGCUGCAGGAACAGUUAUUGCAAAUGUAAAAGCGGUGAACUUCAAAGAAGUUAAUGAAGAAAAUAAGAGAGAACUCUUCAGUGAAAUAUUUUCUUCUAUUGAAACAUUAGCAUUCACCUUUGGAAACGUUGUUUCAGACUUCCUUAUGGGAGAUGCUGACAAUGGCUCGUCAUUGGGACUUCCUGUAUCUCGGAGAAGUCGGUCUUUUGAGAACCUUUCUGUGGAGUCUGGGGGUUCACUUCAUGAAAGGGAUGAUAUCCAAGGACAUCUUCGAGCGGAGGAAGUUGACAGCAUGCUCCUAAGAAAUGACAGUGGAAUUGAAUCAGCCCUGUCCUAUGCUAAAGCGUGGUCAAAAUAUACCAAGGAUGUUGUCGCAUGGGUAGAAAAAAGGCUUAGCUUGGAAGUGGAGUGUGCUAAAAACUUAGCAAAAAUGGCUGAAACUGCUAAAGCUGUUGUUGGACACCAGGAUUAUAUGCCAUUCCAAUCUAUAUUCAUUAAUGCUUUCCAAAAUGAUAUUGAGAGCAAUCAACUUUGGCAACAAACAGCUGCUGCUCUUCAGUCCAACAAAUUUGUGCAGCCUCUUCUUGGAAGGAAAAACGAGUUGGAUAGACAAAGGAAAGAAAUCAAGGAGCUUUGGCAGCGAGAACAGAAAAAAAUGCAAGAGCUGGAAUCAGCUCUGAGGAAGGCCAAGGUGCUUUAUACGCAGCGUCAAGAUGAGUAUGAAAAGGCAAAAUCUUGUACUGCUCGUGCUGAGGAGGAGCAUCUUAGCUCAAGUGGAAGCUUUGUGAAAGAUUUCAGCAAACAGCUGGAAAAAAAACGAAGGCUGGAAGAGGAAGCUCUUCAAAAAGCUGAAGAGGCACAUGAACACUAUAAAGCAAGCAUGGCAGAGGUUGAAGAAAAAAGGAAUUAUUUGGAAAGCUUUAAAAGUGAUGUUUUAACGCAGCUUCGGGAGCUUAUUUACCAGUGUGAUCUUACUCUUAAAGCUGCAACGGUUAACUUGUUCCAGCUGCAACAUGCUCAGGUUGUAUCUCUUCCAGUUAAUUGCCAGUCUCUCUGUGAGAGUGCCAAACUUUAUGAUCCUGGUCAGCAGUAUUCAGAAUUUGUGAAAAGUUUACCAAAAGAGGGUGUUCCUGUUGAAUCAGGUUCUUUUGAAAUCCAGAGUUCCCAGGUUGAUGGGGUUUUUAAUAAGCAAUCAACCAACAGUAUCCAUACAUCACAUGGCAGCUUGUCUCACUGUUCUGGAGAUUUUCCUGCUCAGACGUUAGAUGAUGUGGGAAGCCCAAUUUAUGAUCGUUCACAAAAGAUUGGUGAGAAGAGAUCUUCCAGCAGCACAGAUAUCCAAGCCAUACGAGGGCCACCACCAUUUAGAUCAUGGUCAGUUGGCAACCAGAGUGGAGGAAUGUGCAGUGAUUCUGAAAGUGCAGGGGGAAGCAGCGAGUCACGAUCCAUGGAUUCUCCAUCUGCCAGCCCAGGGGAUUUUAAAAGACGACUUCCCCGAACACCUUCCACUGGUACUAUGUCAUCUGCAGAUGAUCUUGAUGAAAGAGAGCCACCAUCUCCUUCAGACUGUGGUUUAAAUGAUCUGACAUCUGAAACUGCAAAUUCUCCAGGACCUUUUAGAAAUGCUAAUAUGUCCAAAGCAGCACAGACACACAAACUUCGGAAGCUGAGAGCUCCAUCUAAAUGCAGAGAAUGUGAUGGCUUAGUGGUGUUUCAUGGAGCUGAAUGUGAGGAGUGUUCGCUUGCAUGCCAUAAAAAAUGUUUAGAGACAUUAGCUAUUCAGUGUGGGCACAAAAAACUUCAUGGAAGGCUUCACUUGUUUGGAGUGGAAUUUGCCCAAGCUGCUAAAAAUGCUCCUGAUGGCAUUCCCUUCAUCAUUAAAAAGUGUACAUCCGAAAUUGAAAGCAGAGCACUGAAUGUCAAGGGCAUCUAUCGUGUGAAUGGAGCCAAAUCAAGAGUUGAAAAGCUUUGUCAAGCUUUUGAAAAUGGAAAGGAUUUGGUCGAGCUUUCAGAACUCUAUGCACAUGAUAUUAGCAAUGUUCUCAAGUUGUAUCUCCGCCAGCUUCCAGAACCCUUGAUUUUGUUUCGACUUUACAAUGAGUUCAUUGGAAUUGCGAAAGAAAGCCAGAAUGUUAAUGAGGAAUUGGACACCAAACAAGCUAGUCCCAAAUCAAAGAAAAGACAGUCACUCUGUAUUGAACUAAAUAGGAUCAUCAUUAAAAUUAAAGAUCUUCUGAAACAACUUCCUGUACCAAACUAUAACACUCUUCAGUACCUUAUUGCACACCUUCACAGGGUUACAGGACAGUGUGAUGAAAAUAAAAUGUCAGCCAGCAACCUUGGCAUAAUAUUUGGUCCAACACUGAUCAGACCACGUCAAACAGAUGCUACAGUUUCUUUGUCAUCACUUGUGGAUUAUCCUUAUCAGGCCCGUGUAGUAGAGCUCCUCAUAACAUACUAUGAAAAGAUAUUUGAUGUUUCCUUGAAACCACUUUUGAGCACAUCUCAGUCUGAUGAAACUGCCCUUACAGUCAGAGUUGCUUUGUCAGCAGAUGAGAGGGAGUCACAACAGCAGAGGAAGUCACUCUUUGCUGUAAAGGAAGGUAUUCUGAUAUCUCCAAGUGAAAGCCAAGUUCCUGAAACAUCUGCAUUAUUUUUUGAAUCAAACAAUAUCAAGAAUAAAAAAGAACAAGCAGAUGCAUCUGUAACUGAAUUUGUAUCAUUGCCACACACUGGAACUACACAAGAAGACUCUGGGGAGACUAAUUCUCUGACAGAAUCAUCAGCUACCAGUAUUUCAGAUACUAAUAUUUCUGCUUCAAAAAAGACAGGUGAAGACAGCUGUAAAAUGAAUUUAUUUCCUGUGAAACCGAACCGUCAGAUUACCAAAGUUCCACUGCGGGUUCCAAGGACAAAACCAGCAACUCGACCUGUGAGCUUACCUGUAGACAGAAUGCUUCCUCCAUGUGUUUUGAAUGAAAGAAAUUCACAAAAUGUGGGAGCAGUAAGUCCAGAGAAGCUUGGCAGGAGCCCUACGAUUGAAGAAGUUUCAGAGGUGAAGGCAGUCCCUGCUGUUGAUACCUGCUGCAGAUUUCCUUGUUAUGACAGUCAGAUGCUGCAAAAAGCUUGGGACAAGCAAUACAAACAAUAUGAUAUCACAGCAAGGACAGCAAUGAUCAUGACUAAUGUGCCCCAGGAGAACCAAGCACUUGAGAGUGGAACUGCAGGUGCCUUGUCUUCCUCAUGCAGCACUGGUAACCAUUCACCUAAUGCCAUUCUUCCCAGUAAGCCAUAUUCCAUAUCUGCCAGGUCAGGAAGGACAGCAAUAGAAGGAAAUAGUUCUGAUGCUAAUCCUCUUGCUGCCUUCAGGGCACCAAGAACAUUGCAGCCACCUCCCGGGACAUUUUAUAAACCGCCCUCUAACAAACCAAAACAAAAGGAGGAGGAUUCUUUUGCUAAAGCUUGUGAACCAACCAGUGUUAGCUCUGUGCUUCACCAGGAUAAUACCGUGAAACUGGCUAGGAGCUCUGCACUUCCAUCAGGUGAUCCUGAACAAAAAACUAGCUCAGAGGAUAUUCAUCCCACAGAUCUGAAGCCUGCUUAUCAGAGAUUGAGACUGAAAAGGAUACAAGAACUGGAACACAGGGAAGCUCAUUUUGUAUAGGGUGCAAAUUCCUCUUGGACUCCAUGCAGUUUGUUGUUGCCAGUGGGGGCUUCCUCUUUCCCCUUUCUUCUUUGCCUUCCCUUGAGAAUCUCACUCUUGUGCCAUAUUGGAGUUAUUUUUAUAUAUGCAGCAUUUUAAAAUUGGGGGGGAGGGCUGGGAAAUUGUGAAGGAAAUAAGUAAAACUUUUUCUAAUUCAGUAGCUUUUCAUAAAGAUCUAAUGCAUUCCCAGUCUAGAUACAGCUGAUGGGGUAAUUGAGUAAGACACCAAGCUUCAUUUCAUUGUAUGGAAUGGAGUGCUUAGUCAUAGAGAACCAACUAUUGCUCAUAGCAGUGAAAGGAGCCAUUUUUCAUAAUAGACGUUAUAAUAAAAAUUGAAGGUUUAAUGUUCACUGUCUCAGCAUAAACCAAAGCUUAUGCUUUGCUCUUUAAAAGCAUUUUUUCAGUUUUCUAAUCUGUGCAAUUAAAGCUUUGCUCCUGAACAGACUUACAUACUGGCCACCAUGGCCUUUAAUUAUGUAUCAUAUGUGUAUAUUUUAGGCUGACAUGGUUAUCUGUUGCCAGUUUUCUAUGUUGUCACUUUAUUUUUUAUAUAUAUAUAUACAGCAAGGAUGCACUUACUGAGCUUUACUACUCAGAAGCAGUAAUCAAUACACAUCUGGUUUCUUGUAUAGCUUAGAGAAUGGGGCAAAUGUGCACAGCCUGUUCUUGUUUGGGUGCCCUUCUGGAGAGACUGUCAAUUGGAGUGGUGCUGUCUUCCCCAGUUGAAUGAAAAGGCAAUGAUUUGCUUGCUACAGAUCACUUUCACCACUUAACCUGGUGUAACUGAAAUGAAGAGCAAUGUUUCCAAAUUUCAGUUAAAGAGCUAAAAAUAACCAAAAAUCUGCAUUAGUAGGUGCAUCUAAUGGUUUUCACUUCGUAUUAAAUAGUUUUUAUGUGUACACUGUGUUAUAUUUGCUUUAAAAUAUAUUAACUUGUUAACAUUUCA